CUCAGUCACACAUGCUCUCACCGAUGUCCAGGCACCAGCAGCUUAAUGUUCAUUAAAAAAUAUUGAUGGAGCUGUAGCGUGGAUAUCCCCCCUCUCUCCCCACCCUACCCCUAAAAAAGGCAGUGGAAGACAAAAGGCAGCAAGCAGGAAUUCAGCCUCAGCUGCCCAGGAGAAGAGAUAAUCCAAAGUCACAGAGUGACUGUUUUGCAGCCCAGUCCAACCUGUGUUUUCUGAGUUGGUGACAAACAGCGCUCCUGAAUGAAUGAGUGGGUGUGCCCUGACAUCAAUGUGGUGGGACCACUGCAACUCCCACCCAGUGAUGAAUUCUCCCUAUCAGAGAGUUCCCACUUUUAUGAUAUCCUCGCAGAUCAAGGCAGUCCUCUCCUGCAGGAUCCAGACAUCUUACCUUUUACUGGUUAUCCCAGCAUGCAGUACCAGUUUAUGGAGCCAACAGUGUCAACCACUCCAUACUACUCUACUCAGAACUACUACCCACAGUACAAUGGAGAUGAAUGGUACUCUCACACAGGGAUAUAUGAACUGAGAAAAGGACCCCUGGAGGGCAGCUAUGAGGCUGAGAUGGAGGAGGGCUCCUCUGCUGUGCCAGUUGUGUGCAAGAGGAGCCGGCACAUGACACAAGCUGGAAGGGUCAAAGGGGAGGAUCUAUGUGUUGUAUGUGGAGACAAGGCCUCUGGAUAUCACUAUAAUGCUCUCACUUGUGAGGGAUGUAAAGGUUUCUUUAGACGGAGCAUCACAAAAAAUGCUGUGUACAAGUGCAAGAGCGGUGGAAACUGUGAGAUGGACAUGUACAUGCGCAGGAAAUGCCAAGAGUGCCGGCUGAGAAAGUGCAAGGAGAUGGGCAUGCUGGCAGAAUGCCUGCUGACAGAGAUCCAGUGUAAAUCUAAAAGGCUGCGGAAGAACACCAAAGCCUCCCCAGGACAGUCGACCGGAGAUGAGACAGAGGGGCCAGACAACGCAGACAACAAACAGGUCACCUCUACCACCAGACUGUCAAAGGAAAAAGUUGAAAUCACCAAAGAGCAGCAGGCACUCAUGAAACUCAUCGUAGAUGCUUACAACAAACAUCAGAUUCCUCACGAUUUUGCUAAAAAGCUGCUACAAGAACAGUACGGUGCAGAGGAGAACUUUCUCCUAUUGACAGAAGUGGCAACAAGUCAGGUUCAAGUUUUGGUGGAGUUUACAAAAAGUAUUCCAGGAUUUCUUUCUCUGGAUCACGAAGAUCAGAUCGCUCUGCUGAAAGGUUCAGCGGUGGAAGCCACAUAUCUGCGCUCAGCUCAGGUUUUAAGCAAAAAGAUGCCCACUGGACACGUGCAACUUUUAGAGGAGAGGAUACGCAAGAGCGGUAUAUCAGAGGAAUUUAUCACACCCAUGUUCAGCUUUUACAAAAGCAUCGGCGAACUCCACAUGGUGCAGGAGGAACAGGCUCUCCUUACUGCUGUAACUGUCCUGACACCAGAUCGGCCCUAUGUGAAAGAUCAGCAGGCCGUUGAGAGGCUUCAGGAGACCAUGCUGGAUGUGCUGAGGAAGCUGUGUGCCCUGCAGCAUCCGCAGGAGCCGCAGUACUUCGCUCGCCUCCUGGGCCGUCUGACAGAGCUGAGGACGCUCAACCACUAUCACGCAGAGAUGCUCACGUCUUGGAGAACAAACGACCACAAAUUUACCCCACUGCUCUGUGAGAUCUGGGAUGUGCAGUGACACACCAGCAGAAGAGAAGAAGGUGGUACCACAGGGGUGAUAACAUUAACUUACAAGACAGCAUUAUGGCUCAGCUCCAGUACAUACUUACAAUCCUUUCCCUGUUUGCCUCUGUUGAGCUUGACCUUACACCAUGACCUUGGUGUUAGUCAUGUAGUGAUUGGCUUAGAGAGCUGCUUGUGCUUUUGUCGUCGCUCACACUAUUAUUUCUAACAAUAUACAGCACAAAGAGGCUCCUGUUUAGCGUUUGGGAAUUGGCAAACUUUUUUUCUUUUUUUUUUAACAGUGUGCAUCAUGUAAAACAUUGAUUACUCAAACAAGUACAAACACUGGAAAGCCAAGAUGGUGCUCCUAAGAAGUAGAAGGUUUAGAUUAAGUUUAAUAAUGGGUAAAUCCUAUGAUCUGCCUUAUUAAAUGACUUAGUUCUCAAGAAAAAAGGUUUACUUGGGAAUAUUUUUUUUAGUCAUGACAUAUGGGAUGCAUUUAUUCAAUAAAGAGUAAGCAAUACAAAACAUUUUCACCUUUUACAUUUAUCAAAUAUGUAUAAUCUUUCAUUUUUACAUCUUCC